UUAGCAGGCUUGGGGCUAGUGUUACUAUCUGGACAAUUAAGCAAAACUUCCCUUGGGCUGGAUCUCCAGAGCCUAAGAACACUGGUGGCCAAAGGAUGGUGUCUUGUGAAAGGAGGGCAAGCAAAAGUGUAAAGCAAAAUUUGCUUUUGGAUUUUGGUGAUACUUUUUUACCAGCCCACAGAAGGAUGAACAGCAACGAAAUCCUUUCUGGCAAUCUUCCUGGGAUGCACACAGGAAUCAAUAUCUGUAAGAAGCAACCCAGCAUAGAUCUAUGUAUCCACCACUGCUCAUAUUUCCAAAAGUGUGAAGCAAAUAACAUAUGCUGUUCAGUCUUCUGCAGGAACAAACGUUCCUGCAUGAGCACCCUGUGA